AUUUAUCAAAUCUUCAGAUUAUUUUUAAAACAAUUACUAGAUUUCAACUUAUAUUUAAAUAUUAAUUUACACGUAAUUUCAACGUUUAAAUAACACAAUCAUAAUACAUAAUUUUGACAAAUUAGCUAGAUAAGACUUAUCCGACAACCCGUUAAAAUUAGUGACAGGUCAACUCUUCGUUGUUGAAUAAAAGAAGAUGUAAAACCAAAUUUCCAAUUUAGAAACAGUCGUAUUAUGACCAGAUUCUCCGAGUAAAACUUUAAUCUCGACGACGAAGCCAUUUUUAAUAUAUUUCCAAACCCAUAAAGAAAACCAUAUAAGAUUUAAUUUAUUGUAUGUGCAGAACCAAAAAAAAACACAAAAGAAAAAACACAGAAUGAGAUUUUCUCUUGCGUGGAAGCUCCUGUUCUUGAUUCUAACUAUAGCUUGUAAGCUCGAGACACAAGUGAAGUGCUUAGAGUUCAAUUUCCCUGGGUUUAAUGUGAGCAAUGAUCUGGACUUGAUCCGAGACAACUCAUACAUUGUCCUUGGAGCAAUCCAAGUGACUCCUGAUGUUAGUGGUGGGCCUGGUGGCUCUAUCGCCAACCAAGCGGGCAGAGCUCUAUACAAUAAGCCUUUCAGGCUAUGGAGCAAAGAUAAGAAUGCUACUUUCAACACCACUUUCGUUAUUAACAUCUCCAACAAAACUGAUCCCGGAGGCGAAGGCUUAGCUUUCGUUCUCACACCCGAGAAGACCGCUCCUCAGAACAGCUCAGGUAUGUGGCUCGGUCUGGUCAAUGAAAGGACAAACAUGACUCUCGAGUCGAGGAUCGUUUCUGUUGAGUUCGACACAAGGAAGAGCCAUCCGGAUGAUAUUGAUGGAAACCAUGUGGCUCUAAAUGUGAACAACAUCAAUUCUGUUGUUCAAGAAUCCUUGAGUGGUCGAGGGAUCAAGAUCGAUUCCGGAGUUGACUUAACCGCACAUGUGCGGUAUGAUGGUAAGAAUCUAUCGGUUUAUGUCUCUAGAAACUUGGAGGUGUUUGAACAGAGGAACUUAGUGUUUUCUAGGGCUAUAGAUCUCUUAGCCUAUCUUCCGGAGACAGUUUAUGUUGGAUUUACCGCUUCAACAAGCAAUUUCACGGAGCUGAAUUGUGUGAGAUCAUGGAGGUUUGAAGGUUCAGAGAUCGAUGGCGAUGGAAACAUGUUAUGGCUCUGGAUCACUAUCCCUAUAGUGUUUGUUGUUGUAAUAGGAGCUUUCUUAGGGGCAUUGUACUUGAGAUCUAGGUCAAAGGCAGGGGAAACAAAUCCGGAUAUAGAAGCUGAGCUAGAUAAUUGCGCUGCAAAUCCGCAGAAGUUCAAGCUGAGAGAGCUGAAGAGAGCAACAGGGAACUUUGGCGCGGAGAACAAACUCGGGCAAGGUGGGUUUGGGAUGGUGUUUAAGGGGAAAUGGCAGGGUAGAGACAUAGCUGUGAAACGAGUUUCCGAGAAAUCGCAUCAAGGGAAGCAAGAGUUUAUAGCCGAGAUCACAACGAUCGGUAAUCUGAAUCAUAGGAACCUGGUGAAAUUAUUGGGAUGGUGCUACGAGAGAAAGGAGUAUCUUCUGGUUUAUGAGUAUAUGCCUAACGGAAGCUUGGACAAAUAUCUUUUCUUGGAAAACAAGUCAAGAUCAAACCUAACAUGGGAGACAAGGAAGAACAUUAUAACAGGGCUAUCUCAAGCUUUGGAGUAUCUUCACAAUGGAUGUGAGAAGAGGAUACUUCACAGAGACAUAAAGGCAAGCAACGUAAUGCUAGACUCGGAUUUCAACGCCAAGCUCGGCGAUUUCGGGCUUGCGAGGAUGAUUCAGCAAAGCGAAAUGACACACCAUUCAACCAAGGAGAUCGCUGGAACACCUGGGUACAUGGCUCCGGAGACUUUUCUCAACGGGAGAGCCACAGUUGAAACAGAUGUGUAUGCGUUUGGAGUUCUAAUGCUCGAAGUAGUCUCAGGGAAGAAACCUUGCUAUGUCUUGGUCAAGGAGAACCAGAGCAAUUACAACAAUAGCAUUGUGAAUUGGCUAUGGGAGCUAUACAGAAAUGAAACCAUCAUGGAUGCAGCGGAUCCGGGAAUGGGAAGUUUGUUCGAUAAAGAAGAAAUGAAAAGUGUUUUGCUCUUAGGACUCGCUUGCUGCCACCCGAAUCCGAACCAAAGACCCUCCAUGAAAACGGUUUUGAAGGUCUUGACGGGUGAGACUAGCCCACCCGAUGUUCCUACAGAGAGACCGGCUUUCGUGUGGCCAGCAAUGCCUCCAUCUUUCAGUGACAUUGACUACUCUCUUACAGGGAGUCAGAUUAAUUCGCUUACUGAGCUUACUGGCCGAUGACAUUAAUCUUUAUUUGUGUGUUCUUCAAGAAUUAUUUGAUAAUUGAGUUUGUUUCGUUAUAUACUACUUAUAACUAUCUUUUUAGGGGCAUAGAAUUUGAUUGUGCUACUGAUUAAAAAAAAGUGAAUUUGUUAUUUUUGAAUUUUCCUUUGUUCCUAUAUUUCUGUGUUUGUAUCUUCCUCUGUUCCUACUGAAAUCCAGAGAGGUAAGAUUCUGCUUUUGGAUUUUUGGAUGUCUGUUAAUGAAGAAUGCAUAGGAAAACAUUGGGAUACAUUUUGAUUAUUGGAUACCAAUGAGCAGUUCAAAGAUUUUUUUACCUACAAUUUUGUAUCUAAAAUCAAACGUGUUGGUACAAAAUCGAUCCGUGUUCAUUUUUUAUCAUAUCUGUGGUAAGUAAAAUAACGAAAUGUA